UAAGAGAGACUGAAGCGGGCGGAAACCGGUCUCAUUGAACGCGGUGCCAGCUUUCGGGGUUUUGCGUGGUGUCUCCGCCAGCACAGCCGGGCCUAAACGCAAACAUGUCUAAGGGACCUGCAGUUGGCAUUGAUCUUGGCACCACCUAUUCGUGUGUGGGUGUCUUCCAGCAUGGAAAGGUGGAAAUAAUUGCCAAUGACCAGGGUAACCGAACCACGCCGAGCUAUGUUGCUUUUACCGACACAGAACGUCUAAUUGGGGAUGCUGCGAAAAACCAGGUUGCAAUGAACCCCACCAACACAGUUUUUGAUGCCAAACGUCUGAUCGGACGUAGGUUUGAUGAUGCUGUUGUUCAGUCUGACAUGAAGCACUGGCCCUUCAUGGUGGUGAAUGAUGCAGGCAGGCCCAAGGUCCAAGUAGAAUACAAAGGAGAGACAAAAAGUUUCUACCCAGAGGAAGUGUCCUCUAUGGUUCUCACUAAGAUGAAGGAAAUUGCAGAAGCCUACCUUGGGAAGACUGUUACCAAUGCUGUGGUCACAGUGCCAGCUUACUUCAAUGACUCUCAGCGACAGGCAACAAAAGAUGCUGGAACUAUUGCUGGCCUUAAUGUACUUCGAAUUAUCAAUGAACCAACUGCUGCUGCUAUUGCUUAUGGUUUAGAUAAGAAGGUUGGAGCUGAAAGGAACGUGCUGAUUUUUGACUUGGGAGGUGGUACUUUUGAUGUGUCAAUCCUCACAAUUGAGGAUGGCAUUUUUGAAGUGAAAUCCACAGCUGGAGACACCCACUUGGGUGGAGAAGACUUUGAUAACCGAAUGGUCAACCAUUUCAUUGCUGAGUUUAAACGAAAGCACAAGAAGGACAUCAGUGAGAACAAGAGAGCUGUCAGGCGUCUUCGUACUGCCUGUGAACGGGCUAAGCGCACCCUCUCCUCCAGCACCCAGGCCAGUAUUGAGAUUGAUUCUCUCUAUGAGGGAAUUGACUUCUAUACCUCUAUUACCCGUGCUCGAUUUGAGGAAUUGAAUGCUGACCUGUUCCGUGGCACACUGGAUCCUGUAGAAAAGGCCCUUCGAGAUGCCAAACUUGACAAGUCACAGAUUCAUGACAUUGUUCUGGUUGGUGGUUCUACUAGAAUCCCCAAGAUUCAGAAGCUUCUGCAAGACUUCUUCAACGGGAAAGAACUGAACAAGAGCAUUAACCCUGAUGAAGCUGUUGCUUAUGGUGCAGCUGUCCAGGCAGCCAUUUUAUCAGGAGACAAGUCUGAGAACGUUCAGGAUUUGUUGCUGUUGGAUGUCACUCCUCUAUCCCUUGGUAUUGAAACUGCUGGUGGAGUCAUGACUGUCCUCAUCAAGCGCAAUACCACCAUUCCUACCAAGCAGACUCAGACUUUCACCACCUACUCUGACAACCAGCCUGGUGUGCUCAUUCAGGUGUAUGAAGGUGAAAGGGCCAUGACCAAGGACAACAACCUGCUUGGAAAGUUUGAACUCACAGGCAUACCUCCAGCACCUCGUGGUGUCCCUCAGAUUGAAGUCACUUUUGACAUUGAUGCCAAUGGCAUCCUCAAUGUUUCCGCUGUAGAUAAGAGCACAGGAAAGGAGAACAAGAUCACCAUCACCAAUGACAAGGGACGUUUGAGCAAGGAAGAUAUUGAGCGCAUGGUCCAAGAAGCUGAGAAGUACAAAGCUGAGGAUGAGAAGCAGAGAGAUAAAGUUUCCUCUAAGAAUUCACUGGAGUCCUAUGCCUUCAACAUGAAAGCUACAGUUGAAGAUGAGAAACUUCAAGGCAAGAUCAAUGAUGAGGAUAAACAGAAGAUUUUAGAAAAAUGUAACGAAAUCAUCAGUUGGCUGGAUAAGAAUCAGACUGCUGAGAAGGAAGAAUUUGAACACCAGCAGAAAGAACUGGAGAAAGUCUGCAACCCCAUCAUUACCAAGCUGUACCAGAGUGCUGGUGGCAUGCCUGGAGGAAUGCCUGGCGGCUUCCCUGGUGGAGGAGCACCUCCAUCUGGUGGUGCUUCUUCUGGCCCCACCAUUGAAGAGGUGGAUUAAGUCAGUCCAAAUAGAGGUGUAGCAUUGUUCCACAGGGGAAACAUUUGAAGGACCCAAAUUUAGCAAGUUACACGGCAGUUUCAAAUUUUUAAGCUGCUACAAUAAAUAACUGGGCAUUCUCAAUACUUGAACAUGGGAGAGGAAACAAUAACAUUGCACUUUAUAAGCACUGUAUCCUAAAUGAAAAUGCAAUGUCUCUAAAAACAGGUGGAAAAUGCAAUGUCUAAUAAAAUAUUUAAAUUGGCACCAGA